CCGAAACCAGCCACUAGUGCUUCCCAUAAAAGGCCAAGGCGGAUACUACCCUUUCAGACCCUCGUCUCUGUCGCCUUUCCUGCAAAUAACCAAAAGUCUAUCUUUUUCAUUUAUUUCACAUUCUUUCAAUCUCAUACGCUCCUGCAUCUCCAAAAGAUUGCUGCUUUAUAGCUCAAGAAGUGAGGAAGAGCAGGAGGUAGGAGGGGGGAGGGGGCCUUGUGAACUGGGAAUUUAUCUUUCUGCAUUUCUGCUCGCAUGGCUUGCAGGCUUGCAGAUUCUGUCUUCCUUUUCAUGGGCCCCCGUCAAAGGCCGUUGAGGACUCAAAAGAUUGCAACUCAUUCUUCUCCAGGCAUUUAUCAUGUGAAGUGGGAGAACCUACUUAUGAAGGGAAACAAAAGUAGUACAUAUUUAGUUUAUCCAAAAAAGUCUAGAUUUAUUCAAGCUGUGGCUACUCCAAUUGCACCUGCUUCGGCUGACAGUGCUGAGUAUAGGAAACAGUUAGCAGCAAAGUAUGGCUUCGAUCAAAUUGGAGAACCUCUUCCUGACAAUGUUACUUUAAAAGAUAUUAUCAAUACUCUUCCAAAAAAGGUGUUUGAGAUUGAUGAUGUGAAAGCAUGGAAGUCAGUUUUAAUAUCUGUUACUUCCUAUGCAUUGGGACUCUUCAUGAUUUCAAAAGCUCCGUGGUAUUUACUUCCCCUAGCCUGGGCAUGGACAGGUACUGCGGUAACAGGGUUUUUUGUUAUAGGCCACGACUGUGCUCACAAAUCAUUUUCAAAGAAUAAACUUUUGGAAGAUAUUGUGGGAACUCUGGCCUUUUUGCCUCUGAUCUACCCAUAUGAGCCAUGGCGGUUUAAGCAUGACAGGCAUCACGCAAAGACAAACAUGUUAUCUGAAGAUACAGCUUGGCACCCGGUUUGGAAAGAAGAGUUUGACUCAUCUCCUGCUCUACGCAAAGCAAUAAUAUUUGGAUAUGGUCCGUUCCGGCCUUGGAUGUCCAUAGCUCACUGGUUGAUCUGGCACUUCGAUUUGAGCAAGUUCAGACCAAAUGAAAUUAAGAGGGUGAAGAUCAGUUUAGCUUGUGUUUUUGCGUUCAUGGCGAUUGGAUGGCCAUUGAUCAUCUUCAAGACUGGGAUUAUGGGCUGGAUAAAGUACUGGCUGAUGCCAUGGUUGGGCUAUCACUUCUGGAUGAGUACUUUUACGAUGGUGCAUCACACUGCCCCCCACAUACCCUUCAAACAUGCGGAUGAAUGGAAUGCUGCUCAGGCUCAGCUUAAUGGAACAGUUCAUUGUGACUAUCCUAGUUGGAUUGAGAUCCUCUGCCAUGAUAUUAAUGUUCACAUACCUCAUCAUGUUUCUUCGAGAAUACCAAGCUAUAAUCUGCGGGCAGCACACAAAUCUAUUCAAGAAAACUGGGGAAAGUAUCUAAACGAGGCCACAUGGAAUUGGCGAUUGAUGAAGACAAUAUUGACCGUGUGCCAUGUUUAUGAUAAGGAGGAAAAUUACGUUGCUUUUGAUAAGCUUGCCCCGGAAGACUCUCAGCCAAUUAAAUUCCUCAAAAGAGUGAUGCCAGACUAUGCCUAAAUUUUCUUGGCUCGAAGAUCCACUGCUUUUGGUUAUUUCUUAUCUCUUUAUCUUUUUUUCUUUUUGGCAGUUGAUUAGGCAUGCUAUUUUGGUUUUCCAUAUGUUCAGUUCCUUCUAAUACAUGUAUUACACAUGUUCUCUCUUUGAAUAAUUCUUUCUCAUUACACAGAAGAAAAAAAGAAAUUGAGAGGAAGUUUCUCUGAACAUUCAUCUCUGAUGUUUAACCAUUGAGAGAUACGGACUA